GAAUGGCCUUGACUGCCAUGUCUUUAUCAGCCAUGCCUGGGCAGAGGGCUGGUUCGAGCUUCUGUCGCAAGUGUUGUUUUCAUGGCCGCACCCUGCUCAAAACGCCUGGUGCUGCAUGUUGGCCAACCCUCAAAACUUCAACAUUGGCGCUCUACUUCGGUGUCCUAGCAGCUCGCCGUUUGCCCUGGCACUCCGAGCAGCCACCUCGGUGCUGGUGGUGCC